UUUCUCGAACGCUCUGCGGGGGAAGAAGAAGCUCCACAGCCGGCCGGUCAGCAUUAAACCCCGCUCUGCUGCGACCUCCACACACCUCACUCCGGGGUUUUCCAUACACUGAGGACCAAGAUGCCGGAAUCACACGACCAACCAAUGGAGGAGGAGGCUGAGACCUUUGCCUUCCAGGCCGAGAUCGCUCAGCUGAUGUCCCUGAUCAUCAACACCUUCUACUCAAACAAAGAGAUCUUCCUCAGGGAGCUUAUCUCCAACUCCUCAGAUGCCCUUGACAAAAUCCGCUACGAGAGUCUCACUGACCCCACCAAGCUGGAUGAUGGCAAGGAUCUCAAAAUCGAAAUAAUUCCCAACAAAGAGGAACGCACCCUGACCCUGACUGACACCGGUAUCGGCAUGACCAAGGCCGACCUGAUCAACAAUCUGGGAACAAUCGCCAAGUCUGGCACCAAGGCCUUCAUGGAGGCCCUGCAGGCUGGAGCAGACAUCUCCAUGAUCGGUCAGUUCGGUGUGGGUUUCUACUCCGCCUACCUCGUGGCUGAGAGGGUGACGGUCAUCACCAAGCACAAUGAUGACGAGCAGUACGCCUGGGAAUCCUCCGCUGGAGGCUCGUUCACAGUCAAAGUGGACGACUGUAAGUACGCUGAGCCCAUGGGCCGUGGCACCAGGGUGAUCCUGCACUUGAAAGACGACCAGAUAGAAUACCUCGAGGAGCGAAGAAUCAAAGAGAUUGUGAAAAAGCACUCACAGUUCAUUGGCUAUCCCAUCACACUCUUUGUGGAGAAAGAACGCGACAAGGAGGUGAGUGACGACGAGGCGGACGAGGAGGAGGAGAAGGCCAAGGCCAAGGACGAAGAAGAGGACAAGGAUGAGGACAAGCCAGAGAUUGAGGACGUUGGGUCAGAUGAGGAGCACGACCACGACAAAUGCUCAGACAAAAAGAAGAAGAAGAAGAAGAUCAAGGAGAAGUACAUCGACCAGGAAGAGCUGAACAAAACCAAACCCCUGUGGACCCGUAACCCGGACGACAUCACUAAUGAGGAGUAUGGAGAGUUCUACAAGAGUCUUACCAAUGACUGGGAAGACCACCUAGCUGUCAAGCAUUUCUCAGUGGAGGGUCAGCUGGAGUUCCGCGCCCUGCUCUUUGUGCCUCGUCGGGCUCCCUUCGACCUCUUUGAGAACAAGAAGAAGAAGAACAACAUCAAGCUGUACGUGCGCAGGGUCUUCAUCAUGGACAACUGCGAUGAUCUCAUCCCUGAGUACCUCAAUUUCAUCAAGGGUGUGGUGGACUCUGAGGAUCUGCCCCUGAACAUCUCCAGAGAGAUGCUGCAGCAGAGCAAGAUCCUGAAAGUCAUCCGCAAGAACCUGGUCAAGAAGUGCCUGGAGCUCUUCACUGAACUGGCCGAGGACAAGGACAACUACAAAAAGUGCUACGAGCAGUUCUCCAAGAACAUCAAGCUUGGCAUCCACGAGGAUUCUCAAAACAAAAAGAGGCUUUCUGAGCUGCUGCGAUACUACACCUCAGCCUCCGGGGAUGAGUUGGUGUCCUUGAAGGACUAUGUUACACGCAUGAAGGACAACCAGAAACACAUUUACUACAUCACUGGUGAGACCAAAGACCAGGUGGCCAACUCUGCCUUCGUGGAGCGCCUUCGCAAAGCCGGCCUCGAGGUCAUUUACAUGAUCGAGCCCAUCGACGAGUACUGCGUCCAGCAGCUGAAGGAAUUUGAGGGCAAGAACCUGGUCUCGGUGACCAAGGAGGGCCUGGAGCUGCCUGAGGACGAGGACGAGAAGAAGAAGCAGGAGGAGAAGAAGGCUCAGUUUGAGAACUUGUGCAAGAUCAUGAAGGACAUCUUGGAGAAGAAGGUGGAGAAGGUCACAGUCUCCAACCGCCUGGUCUCUUCGCCCUGCUGCAUCGUCACCAGCACCUACGGCUGGACGGCCAACAUGGAGAGGAUCAUGAAGGCCCAGGCCCUCAGAGAUAACUCCACCAUGGGCUACAUGGCUGCCAAGAAGCACCUGGAGAUCAACACCGACCACCCCAUCUUGGAGACCCUGAGGCUGAAGGCAGAGGCCGACAAGAACGACAAGUCUGUGAAGGAUCUGGUCAUCCUGCUCUUUGAGACCGCCCUGCUCUCUUCAGGAUUCACCCUGGAUGAACCGCAGACCCACUCCAACCGCAUCUACAGAAUGAUCAAGCUUGGUCUUGGUAUUGAUGAAGAUGAUCUGACACCAGAGGAAGUCGUCUCGGCUCCCACUGAGGGCAUGCCCCCUCUUGAAGGGGACGAUGACGACACAUCCAGGAUGGAGGAGGUGGACUAGGCCUGUUUCUACGGCCCUGUUGGCGUUCAGAAGUAGUGUUAUAUAUAGAUCUCAAGUUUAAUGUUGUAAAUGAGCCUGGGAUGACCCAUACCUCCCCUCCCCUCAACCUCAUUUUUGACCAAAUUGUCAGUAUUUCCGACCCCUCGCAUUGACAAUAUACAUUACAUUACAUUACAUUACAUUACAGUCAUUUAGCAGACGCUUUUAUCCAAAGCGACUUACAGGAAGUACAGUUCAGAUUCAUUCCUUUUUAGAACUUUAUUUUUUAAGUUGUCACUUUUUGUAACUUGAGUUUUAUCAAUGCAUUUGUUUUGUAUUCAUUGACAUUCCGAUGUUCUUUGUGAUCUUACUGUAAAUGUAAAUAUUAAAAAAUUGAUACUGUUAUUUAAAUGGGUGGAACCCAAAAAUAAAGAUUAACCACAAA